UUCCUGACCAGCCCGGGCGACUUCCCAUUGCCAGCCGUACGCGGUGGCGCAAGCGGACGCGCAAGGAAAAGCCCCGCAGUACCCGCAGCUCGCAAUGCCCGGUGCCGACCGCCUGCGUUGCCAGCAAUGCGGCGAGGUGUUCCAGCGGCGCCAGGACCUGUCGGCGCACCGGCGCUUGCAGCACCCGGCCAGCAGCAGCGAUGGCGGUGGACGCUUCGAGUGCAGCUUCUGCGGAGCCACGUUCUCGCAGCGGGGCCACCUGAGCAAGCACCGGCUCACGCACACGGGCGAGCGACCGUACGCCUGCCCCGUCUGCCAGCGCCGGUUCACCCAGAAGACUCACAUGGUCGAGCACAUACGCAUACACACGGGGGAGAGACCGUACAGGUGCGAGGAGUGCCAGGCGACGUUCACUCAGAAGACGCACCUGGUGGGCCACCUGCGAACGCAUACUGGCGAGCGGCCCUUCAAGUGCUCCGACUGCAGCAAGGCCUUCUCGACCAGCAGCUCCCUCAGCAGGCACCGCUUCGUCUCACACUGCCGCCAACGGCCCGAGGAAGAACCGAAGUGACCUGCCCUGGGAACGUGCUCCCCCCUACCCCAUCGUGCGGCGUGCACACAGCUGCUAGCGCCACCUAUGCGUGUGCGUUUGCUUAACCGUGGUGUACGCGCCUUCGCGAAAUGGCCGCUUUACAGGUCAGUGCGUAUAGGGCAUUCCGUUGGA